AGCAUCCGGCGGUGCGAUCAAACAAGCCGAGAGCACGGUGCGGUUGCUGAGUCGGGGGCGUCUUAAUGUUUUGGCUUUACUGGAAUCGUACCGACAGGACCAGCUUGCUCGUGCUCGUGCGCGAGCCAAUCACGGCCUUGGGACGACGGCAGCAACAAGGGGUGCUCGUUGGGCGGGGAGGUUCGGACAAGGUUCUGAUUUGACUAUUCCGUUUACAGAAUGCAAUCUACAUUAGGAACGACGGGGGGGUUUUGCUGACACCUCUUCCGAGUCUCCGCGCUUUCAACCCUCGUCCGACGCUGUUCUGACCGUGAAGUCGAGCAAAUAAUCGGAUGGGCAGACCCGCAUCAAGAUAAGACGACGCAUCAAGAUAAGACGACCGAACCAAUACUAUGGAGCCUAGCGCUGCUCACAAAUUUAUUCCGGAAACGGGUGUCGCUCCGCAACGUCGCCGGAAAGCCCGACUCGCGUGUGACCCGUGUCGCAACAGGAAAACAGGGUGCGACGGAAGAAGGCCCAUCUGCACACCUUGCGGAGUAAGAGGCUGGGCGGACAAGUGCACCUGGCAAGACAGUGUUCUUCAGCCAUCCGCCGGAGUGAGCCUCGUAGACCUCGAAAGGCGACUGAAGAGGCUCGAGCACGAGUCCCGGGCCGACCUAGGCAUACAGCGAAAUACAGCGUCAAAUACAGCGUCCAAUGAGCCGGUUAGUCCAGCGGCUAAGGCCGACCUUUGCAGUCACGGGCUUAGCUGCCACUCUCUCGACAACGAGGAUGAGACUAUCUCUCACACAUUCUCCUCGGUCUCAAGUUUUAUGCACGAUGGGGUGGAAGUAGCCGGCCCGCACGCACCGCCAGAGUCCGGCCCGCACCAACCCCCAGUCCCUCCGGAACCGGGCCUCCCGAGACUCAUCGGCUUCGCCUUGGACUCGCCCGACCAGCAUUUUGGCGACGAUGGCCGCCAAAGCAUCAUCCUCCCCCCCGUCCGGUUUGCCGCUGACCUGCUUGGUAUUUAUUGGCGUUUUGCCCAUCCGGUAUUUCCCGUCUUGCACAGGCCCACCUUUGAGGCCGAUUACGACGAGAUCUGGAAGCCGCUCGCGCUGCAAUCCCGCUGGGUCCACGGCGGGCAGGACGAGGUCGUAUUUCACGCCAUCCUGAACAUCGCCCUCGCCAUCGGCUGCCAGCGCAGCGAAUCUAUAUCGGGUGCCCAGAGAGAAUACCUUGCCGAUGAGUUCUACAAGCGAUCAGUGCGACUCGUCUCGAUUGAAACGCUCGACUUUUCGACCUUGGCUGUCGUACAGCUGCUCCUGCUUCGCGGCCUUUACCUCUUCUACGCUGUGCGUAUGAACCGUUCCUGGAUCAUGGUUGGCGCUGCUGUUCGGGCCGCUCUGGGCAUCGGUCUACACUUGCCCUUGCCAAAUGGGACCAACCAGGUGGACCGGGAGAUGCGCCGUAGGGUUUGGCUCGCGGGCUGCAUCGUUCUGGAUCGGAUCUUGGCCGUGACCUUUGGCCGGCCAGCCUUAAUCUCCACAAAAUACAUCAACCAGGCUCCCGCGCCCCAGCUCAUCGACGAUCAGUACCUCUCCAAGACGAAAGAAGGCCGCCAGCCAGACGGUAUCCCGUCAAUAAUCGCGCUGCCGAUUCAUACGGUGAAGCUAGCGCCCAUACUGGACGACUGCCGCGCUGUCUCAAUCGCGAGAGGCUCUCAGGCGUCGGGCUAUCGUGGCCCGGAUCCCCUCACCGUGCUGAGCAUCAACUCGCGCCUUGACCAGUUUCUCGACGACAUGCCGGAGCACCUCAGAGUGGAUGCGGAUAUGAGCAAGUAUGCAAUUGGCGAGGCCGAAAUCUUCACGUUUCGAAUGCAGGGGCACGUGCUGAGGACUAGGGUCAUGUACGCGAGACUGGCGCUGCUCCGGCAGACGCUGCUGGUUGACGCACAGCGGUGGGCCACACCGACGGCCCAGACAAAUAAUAAUUCAACCUUCAGGCUCAAUGAGAAGCUGCACGACGAAAUAUGCGCGCUCUGUCUGACAACGGCCCACGCCGUGCUAGAAGAGGUACACGCCAACCUCGGCAGCAUCCACGAGAUUCCCCCGUGGUAUUCGCUCAUGUACACGUUCUCGGCGGCCACGGCUCUCAUAGUCUCUGCUCUGUCUCCCAGACUUGGCGUGCGCUUCGACGCCGAGCCCGCCAAGACGUCGUGGGAGCGCGCAAUACACAUCUUUGAGUCCCACAAAACGCAUGUUGCGUCGGCAGACAGGGGCUGCGAGGUCAUGGAACGCUAUCGCGACUUUAUCGUCUCGAGCGCCUCGAGGAUGGCGGCGGCGGCGGCACAGCCUGGUAAUGGCAGUUUGCGAGUAGGUAAUACAGGCGAGAGAAUGGAAACGUCCUCCCAAGGAGGAGCACCCGCGGUUGCUCCCGAGUGCACCAACUUGCCGUCACAUGAGCAGGGCUUGACCCAUGACCAGCAGGACCAACAAAUGUACUGGGGCCAGCAGAGCAGCAGCAUGUCCUCAUUUGAGGCAUCAACUGCGCUGCCGCCGACUGUCAUGGAAGGCCUUGACGGGUUCCUAGGCUCGUACUCGCUCGACGAGGCGUGGAUGGGCAUGCAGCAGGCCCUGGGCGACAGCGAUUGGAACAUGGGCGGGUUCAACGCACAGUGACUGACUAACCAGAUCUUUUGUGAUGGCAAGCAUGGGGAUGUCAUACUCGUUUCUUGGUAAUUCAACCUAUGGCAGUCUCUAUACCUUUAUUUGUCAUGGGUACCCGAGUAGGCUUGAGCCAACACCACAUUAUCGUCCUGCAUGAUUGAAACACAAUUUUUCGCCUUGUUUGUCGACCGCUCGGGGGAUCGUCAUCAACUGUCGGAGGAGAUGCCAGCCAAGUGUUAGCCAUAUUUCAACCGUACAUUUCCCACGAAUCGACCGUCCCGCACUA